UUUCCCUUGGCUUGAGAAGCUGGAAGGUUUCACUGUCAAAAGCGAAUUUAAUUAGGGCCAAUGAAUCAAUCUCACCUGAAUCUGAGUCGGUAAUCGCAAGGUCUUUGUACGGCAUAUUUGUAUACGUCCGGAGUACGGGCCACAGGUCAACCUCAACGACUUUAAGCGUUUGAGCGCUCUGUAUUUGGGAACCUGCCACCUGGCAAAAAAUCGGCCUUUUACCUACGUCGUUUGGAACGCUUCAACGACAAGGUGAUCACCAGUGUUGCUCAGACUCUUCCUUUUUCCAUUUGACCCGAUUAGGGGGAGGACCGCCACCGGUUUGGAAUUAGCCCUCGGUCAAUGGCGACCGAAGCCAUGGACCCUGCCGAUCCUAAUUCAGGCGUCUCACGUUCGUUAACCAUAACCGGCCAAAAGAGCGACGGAAUGGUGGAAAAAUUGAAAGCGAAAGCCUCGAUGCCGCUAUUGACUCGAAGUCAGAGUGAACUCGGUGAUGUUCGCCAUCGAGAGGGCUCAGAGAGUAAUGGGCUUUACUUGGAAGCUUCUUCUUUGGAAAGACGCUUUUCCGGCAAGGUGUUGGAUUUUUUAUUCAAGAAGAACGCAAAGGCAAAAACAAUCGAUGCUGGGUAUGGCCGUAGGGUGGACGUGACUGUUGGAGACGCUGAUGUUACCAAAAACAGAGGACCUAGUGCUGAUGAUGAAGAUCGGCAGAGUUUACGAAGUGUCAAAAGUAACAGCAGUCUAAAAAGCUUGGCUGAAGGGAAGAAAGGCUUGUUCAACUUUCGAACCAAGAAGAGCAAACAAAAGAAGAGCUUGGAUAUCACACCUUCCAUCUCUGCUAUCUCUUUAGUGACCCCUUCCGAUGGCGAAAAAGAAGCAUGGCUUCCAUCUCCUCCAGUUGCAUCUACUACAUCGAACCCAUCACAAUCAUUGAUUCCAGAAUCGGAACCAUCCAUUUCAACCGAACGUUCUCAACCAGUUACAAUAUCGAGUCCUUCAUCUUCUCUUCACCUGCCUACCAUAUCUCCUGUUUCAGGUUCUUGGUCCUGGGUAUCAGCGGAAAGCCAAACCCACCCUGGGCAGACCGAUAUCAGGGAGCUUCGCAUUAGUCCGAGAGCCUCCAGUCUGAAGUUAUUAGAGAAGCUUGCCAGUACGUCAAUACCUCAUCCUGAAAAGCAGGAAACAAGCGCCGUACUUCCAAAUGGAUGGUCAGCAGCAAAGAAAGGUGACGAAAGUGGCAAAGACAUUAGUCCAGUUGACGGCCCGAGUUUGCGAGAUGGGCAGGAACAAGGCAAAGAAGAAAAGCCAGAACCAGCUGACCGUGCCGACGACGAUGAACUUAAACGGAAAUCUACAGCUCGCAGCAAUAGGUCAACGCUUUCAGACGGCACUCCGGUGGUUCCUGAUGUCCUCUCCCCGCCAAAGAAGCCCGUCGUAAGCCGAGCUGGUGCGACAAUUGAAACCGACGAUCCAUCUCAUCUCUUCUGGGUUCCUGCCCAUCUACAUCCGGAGCUCCACCCGAACGAUUUCAAAAAAUGGCUGAACAAUGCUGAUGCAGGGCCUACCGACUCCACAGUCUUUCAGAUCGGUAAAAAGCCCCUGAGACGAUCGAAAUCCUUUGUUGAACGACAUGUGGUUAUUACCCCUGAUAACGUAGAGGAAUUUGUGGAAAAAGAUAAUAUCGUGCGGAGUCGGACGGUGUCAGGAGCGCAGUAUCAGCGCGGCGGUAAGGGUCUACCACCAUUGAGACGAAGUCGAAAUAUCCGGCCGAAACGUCCCACUAUGCGUAGUAUGCAAGAAAGCGCAAACAGUACCGCAGACUCAGACUCUGGGCCUGACUAUGCAGACGGAACCUCAAAGGAAUCUGGACCGGUUAGAAGACGGUCAAGAAGAAAAGCAGAUCGAAGUUCGUCAUCUGUUAGAAAAAAGAAGGCAGGAAAUCGGAGGUCCAAGACUAUCAUUAUGGGACCAGUUGAAGAACGCUCUCUCACUGCACCCAGUGAAAUCCCCAUGGACCCUUCGGUAUCUGCUUUGGAGAAGCAGGAUACUGACAAGGUUUCCACGUCCCACACAUUUUCAACCCCAACUCCAGUUGAGUUACCCAAGCCACCCUUGGAGCUCAAAGUGGACGCCAUUUUGGCUGGUGACGCUUAUACUCACCCUGCAUCCCCUGAGCCCAGCUUUCAUUCGCCAUCAGAGAGCAUGACUCCCGACGACUUGGAGAUUCUGGAUGUUCCACAGGAUGAGAUGGCUUCUACAACCGAAGAUACCGCCAUUGGUGAAAAGCAAAAAUCCAAGAAGAAGAAAGAGGGCAAAAGCUGGAAUUGGUUGUCAGGCUUCCUUGGUAAAAAGAGCCCGGGUUCCACUAAGCACAAACGAGCAGCGUCACUGGAAUCCAACGGAAGCAGUGCCGCCGAAGAUGAUACUUGGAACGCAUAUCCUAAUGAUCGUUUCAGCGAUGCGGAUGGAGCUCCGCGAUUUUCGCCUGAAGUAGAGAAGCAAAUCUACCGAAUGUCGCACAUCAAGUUGGCCCAACACCGCCGGCCAUUGUCUCAACAAGUUCUCAUCAGUAACCUCAUGCUGUACAUUCUAUCUGUUCACGCCGAUGUCACAUUGAAUCGACAAGGCCCGCGAAAGAGGGGACGGAAGGGAAGGAGGCGUGGUAAAUCGCCCGGUGCCAGCAGCGAUCGAAGCAGAAGUCCAGGGCGUGCCCUUCCCAUACCACACCCCGCUACGGGACCUGUCGUCCAGCCGAAUUCCAUCUUGGAAGCUCCAACGAUGCCUCGCAGCGGACAGUACUUUCCUGGGGCUCCUGGUAUUUCUAGUCUAACCGGUAUACCGGGAGCAGCCAGCGGGGAUUACGUUACGGACGGAAGCCCAGCGCAAGGCUACUUUGGAAACGGAGGAGACUCGCACGGUAGCGAACGGCGACAGCGCAAUCUAGCACAUUUAGCAGUCAUAAAAGCUGGGGGAAUUGACAGCGGAUCGGCAAGUUCUCUUGAACCUGCAUGGGUAGAUUCUGAGUAUCUCAGUAGCGAUCAUGAAGGUGAUCCCUCUCCAAGGUCGCGAUCUUAUUCCCCGGACCGAGCAACGGACUCUGAGGAAGAAGAGGACGAGGACGAUGUACCGUUAGGAAUGUUGCAGCAACAUAGACGAGGCAGUAUCAGUAGUGUUUCUAGUCACUGAGUAUUGUAGAUUAAGGGUUUUUUUUCGUAUUUAGAGAGGGAUGUAGUGCUGGAUUUAUACAUAAUUUUUGUUUUUCAUCAGGUUGAAGGAUGAGUGAAAAAAGGAGAACAUUCACUUGAAUCAUAUCACAAUUCAUUACACUUCAAUGAAAC